AUGGCAGGCACAACACCCACAGGCGCAGUCCCAAUCCCCUUCAGCGAACCCCCAUACCUCUGCGGCCUACCCUCACCAUACUACACCCCGGAACUACGAAAAUGGCAACAAGCCUGCCGCGCCUUCAUCAGCGAGCACCUAACCCCCUACGCCAUGGAAUGGGAAAAAGAAGAAACAGUCCCCGACCACCUCUUCAAGACCUUCACGCAACACCACAUGCUCAUCCCCUCCCUCCCGGCCCCCUUACCAGCCAAACAGCUCAAAGCCGCCGGGAUCCACAAUCUCCUCGGCGUGGUAAAAGUGGAAGACUUCACCUACUUCCACAACCUAAUCUACACGGACGAAAUGUCCGCGUCCGGGCUCGCAGGUCCAGGCGGCUCAUUAACGACGGGGAUGGCGUUCGGGGUGCCCUGCGUGAUCAAAUACGGGAACCAGCAAUUACAGGAACGAUUCCUCCCGGAUGCCUUUCACGGUAAGACAAGAUUCUGUAUCGCGAUCACGGAGCCAGAUGCCGGAUCCGACGUGGCGAAUAUCAAGACCACGGCCGUCAAGUCCGCGGAUGGGAAGAAAUAUAUCGUUAAUGGGACGAAGAAGUGGAUCACGAAUGGGAUUUGGUCGGACUACGCUUCCAUGGCCGUACGGACCGGAGGGGAGGGCGCGGCGGGGUUGUCGUUGCUCGUGGUGCCGUUGAAGAAUCACCCUGGGGUGGAAAUGAGGCGGUUGAAAGUCCAGGGCCAGAUCAGUGCGGGGACGACGUAUAUUGAAUUGGAUGAUGUGGAGGUCCCGGUUGAGAAUUUAAUCGGGCAGGAGGGGCAGGGGAUGAAAUAUAUCAUGCAGAACUUUAACCACGAGCGGUUGACCAUCGCCAUCGGUACGAGUCGCUCGUGUCGGGUUGCGUUGUCUUCGGCUUUCGCAUACUGUCUCAAGCGAGAAGCCUUCGGGAAAACACUGAUGGAGCAGCCGGUGGUGCGACACCGGCUCGCGAAGGCCGGGGCGUUGCUGGAGGCGCAGUGGGCGUGGGUCGAGCAGUUCGUGUAUAUGAUGUGCAAUCUUCCCAAGGCAGCGGCGGAUGUGGAGCUCGGGGGCUUGACGGCGGGGGCGAAGGCGAAUGGGGGGAUUGUGUUGAAGGAGUGUGCGGAUUGUGCUAUGUUGUUGUUUGGGGGGAACGGGUAUACACGGACUGGGCAGGGCGAGAUCGCAGAGCGUAUGUGGCGGGAAGUUAAUGGGCAGCGAAUACCCGGUGGCUCCGAGGACGUCAUGCUCGAUCUCAUGAUCAGGCAGCUAGCCAAGAACUUCCAGCGCAAGACGAAAGAGCUCGAGCGACCAAGAGGGUCGUCUAGGUUGUAG